GGAGCUUGUGGCGCAGACGGGCUGAAGGCUUGGGAGCUGGGGAACCCCUGAUCCAGUACUACGGAGCGCACAGAGGUGAAAGGUAAAGGAAACACAGAGCCAUCUCGGGGAGCAACUCUGAAAAGAGAAUCAUUGCAUUUAGCUUAGUUCCCUAUGUCUUCACCUGAAAUUUCUUCCCUCUCAUGGGGGCAAAUGAAAGUGCAAGGCUCUGCCGUGACCUAUAAGGAUUGCAAAGUAUGGCCAGGAGGCAGUCGGGCUUGGGAUUGGAGAGAAACAGGAACUGAGCAUUCUCCUGGUGUGCAGCCUGCAGAUGUAAAGGAAGUUGUUGAGAAAGGUAUACAGGCCCUUGUGAUUGGUCGAGGAAUGAGUGAGGCCUUGAAGGUGCCUCCAUCCACUGUGGAAUACCUCAAGAAACAAGGCAUUGAUGUGAGGGUCCUCCAGACAGAGCAGGCAGUGAAGGAAUAUAAUGCUUUGGUUGCCCAAGGUGUCAGGGUGGGAGGUGUCUUCCAUUCCACCUGCUAAUGUAGCCUUAAGAGGAGAAUAAAUCACUAAAUAAUCUUGC